CCCAACGCGCUGUCGGCUCGUCAGGAUUGCAUAAUAAAUCACUUUAGUCUUACUUUAAAACGCCACAUUUAUAAUAUUUACUGGGAUCAGACACAAGUCAAGAGGUACAGCAUCUUUGUAUGUCGACGCAUUCUACAGAGCUUGCGGUGAAAUCAAAAUGGCACAUUUUCCCUUUUAGAGAUAUAUCGUUUAAGAAUAGCUAAUUGGUACCUUCCAUCUGGAAGUCAUCUGAAAAUGGCUUUGUCUACUGUGAAUGACCAGAAUUGCGAAGACUGGAUGUCAAGACUCUCGCCAAAACUGUGGAACAUUCCCCUUUACAACCUUGCCAUUCCAGGCAGCCAUGAUACAAUGAGCUAUUGCCUGGACAUCAGUUCCCCACUGGUCAGAUCUGAGUCCCAAUCUUUCAGACUGGUGGAUGGCCUCUUUUACUGCCUGACCCGUCCCAUCAUAUACAAAUGGACAACAACACAGGAGAGCGAUGUCGUGGAACAGCUGAAUGCGGGAAUUCGAUACUUUGACCUCCGAAUUGCUUCCAAACAACACGAUUCCUCCGGCGACCUUUACUUCACUCAUGUCAUCUACACGUCGGCGAAGGUGCUGGAAACCAUGGAGAAGAUUGCAGUGUGGCUUGACUCCCACCCAAAGGAGAUCGUUAUCUUGGCAUGCAGCCAUUUUGAAGGCCUCAGUGAAAAGUGUCACGAGCGAUUCAUCCUUAACUUGAGGAGGAUUUUUGGCCGUAAACUCUGCCCGUCCAAGGGCUCUGACCUAACCCUGGGGGGCCUCUGGAGGUCCAGGCACCAGGUCCUGCUGUCCUACGAGGACGAGGCCGCAGCCAGACACCGGGAACUCUGGCCAGACAUUCCGUAUUGGUGGGCAAACCAGCGCACUGCCCUGGGAGUCACCACCUACCUGGACCGGCAGAGGGAGAAGGGACGCCCAGAGGACUUCUUCGUGUGCGGCCUGAACCUGACGGCCGAAAGGCGCUACAUCGUGCAGCACCCCUGCGCCUCCCUGCUGAAGAUCAGCCUGGAGAACCACGAGUCUCUGCUGGACUGGCUGAGGCAGCAGCACCCCGGCCCAAGCUCUGACAGCGUCAACAUCGUCGCCGGGGACUUCGUGGGGACCGCGCCCUUCUGCGAUCUCGUGAUCUCGCUCAACGAGAAGCUGGCUCGGCCCGCCGCGUACACAGAGCCCGUCCUGUAGGCCAGCGGUCCCCCCAACGCUGCUCCUGGUGAGCCAGGGUUUCGCUUCAACCCUCGUUCAGAAAACCGUAAAUGGUUGGCAUUUAUUUAGUGCCUUUAUCCAAAGUUGAUGCUUCUCAUUCAUCCAUUAAUUCACCCAUUCAUGCAACAACAGCGAUUGGCUGCCAUGCAAGGCACCAACCAGCUCGUCAGGAGCAUUUGGGGGGUUUAGGUGUCUUGCUCAGGGACACUUCGACACGCCCGGGGCGCGAUCGAACCGGCAACCCUCCGACUGCCAGACGACUGCUCUUACCGCCUGAGCCAACGUCGCCCCCGACAGCUGGAGAUCUCGUUGAGCUGCUAAUGAGUUCAAUAUAUUAGGGUGGAAUUGAACACCUCCAGGACUGUAGAUCUCCAGGAACAGGUUUGGGGACCACUGCUGUAGACCGAGCCCCAUUCUGUGAUCUAGAAGGACUGGAGGGCCGGUCUGCUGCUGAACUUCCUUUAAGGGCAAAUUUUUUGGGGGCAUUUUCAGGCUGUAUUCAAGCUUUCAGUAGAUUUUAUAGCUCUUUUUCCAUAUAGGCUGCUGACUAACAUCUGAGGACAUGGUCAAUUCAGUGUCCACCUCAUCCAUGGCGGUUCAGAAAAACCAUACUAUCCUGUUAAGUUUCAGCACAGCCCAUAAAAAUCUAUCCAGGUGGGUACAUUGCAUUACAUUACUGGCAUUUGGCAGACGCUCUUAUCAAGAGCGACGUACAGUUGAUUAGGCCAAGCAGGAGACAAUCCCCCCCCUGGGAUUACAAUGCUAGGUUAAGGGCCUUGCUUAAGGGCCCAACGGCUGUGCGGAUCUUAUUGUGGCAACCCCGGGAUUAGAACCACCGACCUUGCGUGUCCCAGUCAUUUACCUUAACCACUACGCUACAGGCCACCCCACAAAGCUGAGGAUUACUGGGAUAGCUGGAUAACUGUGCUUAGCAAAACCCAGAACAGCUCUUGUUUACGUCAGUCUAUGUUCCAGAUCUGGGAGGGGUCUGGGUUUCACUCAGUAAUGCUGCUUUGUGAAAUAACCCACCAGGAUAGAGUGUGAUGAGCUUUGCUGAAACUAACACGAUAGUAUGUAUGUUUGUUUGUUUUUUUUAACCCCCAGAUUAACAAUGUAUUUUAUCCCUCAUUUUAUUCACUUUUCAGUGAAAAAUGCACUCUUGAAUACUACCUCUAUUGUGUAUAUUGGUGCUGCAGGGCAGCACAACAAGGCCCGAUCCGUUUCAGGAUUUUAUGCCGACUUCUGUUCUUAAGACACAUGUAUGACUAUCAGCUACAGCUGCAGACUGAGAGUGUAUCCUAAAGAUUUUUACUGUGCUCAAGUGCAGGCUUGAACCAGGGUCAUUUAUAGGGCUGUCAGCAAAUUACAAACAAGACAAUUGGUUGAAACAAAAAUCAGUACGCAGACCUGACCUUGAGGACUGGAGUUGUGCAUCCCUGAUGGACUGUAUAGAGGACCAGGGUCUAUCCUGCUGACAAAAGCAGCACAAGCUAGGUUUUGAAACAGCUGGUAGCUGGUUGAUCAGUUCAGAC